AUGAACACCAACGUGUGCGUGGAGAGCGGCCCCAACCCCGAGGCGCCGGGGCUGCCCAAGGACAGCCACCUGCCCGAGGGGGCCCUCAACAGCCUUGUGGAUUACAACUCGGAGAUGGAGAGGUACCGCUCCUUCGCCACCUUCUACAAGACCAACGGCGGCGCCUUCCCCCAGGCGGCCAAGAUUGCCCGCAUCACCACCCCCAUCUUCCCCAGCGCGGCCGCCGCCGCCGCCGCCCGCAUCGGCAUGUCCCCCUGGAACUGUGACACCGCCACGGCCGCCGCCGCCACCGCCAUGCUCUGGGGCAGCGGCGGUGGCGGCGCGGCGGGAGGCGCGAGGAAACCCUCCUCCUCCUCCUCCGCCGCCUCCUCGCUGCACGCCGGCAGGGGCGGCAUGCACCACCGGAGCGACUCGCAGCGGCUGGGCAAGCCCGGCUGCCCGCCGGCCGAGCAGCCCGCCCUGCCCAUGGCCAACGGCAACUUCCUCUCCACCCUCGCCCCCGAGCACUGCCGGCCGCUGGCUGGCGAGUGCAUGAACAAGCUCAAGUGCGGCGCCGCCGAAGCCGAGAUCAUUAACCUCCCCGACCGCGUCGGCACCUUCUCGGCCAUCCCGGGGCUGGGCGGCCUCUCCCUGCCCCCCGGGGUCAUCGUCAUGACGGCCCUGCACUCCCCCGCCGCGGCCUCGGCCGCCGUCACAGACAGCGCCUUCCAGAUCGCCAACCUGGCGGACUGCCCGCAGAGCCACGCCUCGGCCUCGCCCGCCUCCGCCCUGGGCGCCGCCGCCGGCGCGGGGGGCGGCGGAGGUGGCGGCGGAGGCGGAGGGGGGGCCGGCAGCACCGGCGGCGGGGCCGGGGCCGGUAACCCCGCCAAGAAGAAGCGGAAACGCUGCGGGGUGUGCGUGCCCUGCAAGCGGCUCAUCAACUGUGGAGUCUGCAGCAGUUGCAGGAACCGCAAAACGGGACACCAAAUCUGCAAAUUUAGGAAAUGUGAAGAGCUUAAGAAAAAACCGGGCACUUCGUUAGAGGUCAGAGGAGAUGAUUUCUUUUUCCCCAGCCUCCCGCCGUCCCUCCUCAACCCCCUGCCCUCGCCCCUCCAGUGCUUCUUGUCUAGCUUCAAGAUGCAGCAUCCCUUCUCCGAGGCUUCCUUCAGGCUCUGA